AAUAUUAUUUUUUUUCUAACACCUGCCGUGUGUUUUUACUGCAGGAGUUUUAAUUGAUGUUUGGAAGUGAAAAAGAACUCUUCUCUAGUGGAUAGUACAAUUCAUUGUCCAGUUCAGAUAAAAUCUUGAAACUUACAGUGCAUGGUACUGGUCAGUCAGUGGCUAUUCGCCAGGACUUAAGUGACUGGUGACGACCAUGAGUUUCUUAAGGACUUGUUUCAUAGUGUUGGUCGUCUUUGGAUUUUAUGCUUCAGCCCAAUUAAAACCUUAUAAAUGUGACUUUGAGAAUGGGAUCUGUUCAUUUCUUUCAAAUGACGGUGCGAACAGCGUAAACUGGAGGAUAGGAACAGGAAAAGUGAAAGCAGGAGAUACCGGACCUACUAUUGACCACACCAAAGGAACUUCAAAUGGUAGCUACAUAUUUGUGGAUGUCAGCAAGGCAAGUGUAGGUUCAGUUAAAUUGCUAACAAGAUCCUUGACAUCGGACUACUGCGUUCAAUUCUUCUACCACAUGUAUGGAGCUCAUAUAGGAGAUCUGUCAGUUUAUGCUCAAAGUGUCUAUGGAUCUGAAAACGUUCAAUAUUUCUACAGAGAAAGAACACAAGGAGAUCGAUGGAAGCAAGCGAGAUUCAGUGUUUCACAAACUGCAAAUAUGCGAUACAAAGGCUACAAGGUAAGUUUUGUGGCUAAAGGAAGAGCAUAUUCUGGUGUAUGGGGAGAUAUUGCUCUUGAUGAUUUGGAACUUACUCCUGGAAAAUGCAAAGAUACAAAGAGAGAUGCUUACGAUGUGUGUUCUUUCAAUGAUUAUGACUGCGGAUACACAUCUACCCGAAUGAGUUCAUUGGGAUGGGAAUGGAAGAGUAUUCACACAACUUCAAAUUAUUUUUCAAAGCAGCCAUCCCAAGAUCACACAUUGGGCACAAGUAUUGGUGGAUACUGGUUUGUUGGAGACAGAGGUUACUCCGCCAGUCAAUUGAACACAGUGAUGCUUACUAGUCCUCUUUAUGACAAGCCCAAAACUUCACUGAACUGUUUACAUUUCUAUGUUUAUUUGGAUCACGAGGGCACCUCUAUGUGGUGGGGAGGUGUAAAAGAAAACUUUAUACAAGUCUUUCUGAAUUUCCCGAAUUCAAAAGAUCCAAGAAAAUGGAUAGUUACGAAAGCUAAGAACACAACAGAGCAUGCAGAAUGGUCAUACGUAGAAGCAAAAGCAGAAAUAACGCAGAAAUUUCAGAUUCAGUUUACUGCUGGAUUACAAACGCCCGUAGAAUCAAUUGCUGCACUUGAUGAUGUAAAACUUAUUGCUGGAAACUGUCCUGAGGCCGGUUUUUGUGAUUUUGAGCAGAGCAAGUGUUCUUGGGUCGAUGGUGUAGGAGAUUAUAAUUGGAUCAGAAAAACACCAUCUUCAUGGAGUAACAAUGAAAUUGGACCCGACGAGGAUAAUACACUUAAGACUGAUGAUGGAAACUACAUGGUAUUCAACACGAAAUACAAGAAAGCUGGUUCAACAGCAAGCUUAGAAAGUGAAUAUUUCCCACCCAGCAAAAUCAGUUAUUGCAUUAGUUUUUACUACUAUAUGAAGGGAUCUGGUUUAGGAACAUUAAAGGUUAAUGUGAAGCAAGAAAAUUUUACCGAAGCUUCAGUGUGGACUUUAAAAGAUGAACAAGGUGACAUGUGGAAACAAGGCAAAACUAUACUGAAACCUAGUUUGAUGUACACAAGGGUUGUAUUUCAAGGCAUAACAGGAAAAGGAACGAAUGCUUAUAUGGCACUGGAUGACAUUCGUAUUCGAUCAGGAGAAACGUGCAAUUUGACACCACCUACAGCAGAUCCACGAUAUGAAGCCAUAGAAAAACUGAGCUGCACUUUUGAUAAUCUGAACCUAUGCUCAUGGAAACAAGACACUGAAACUCUCAGCUGGAAGUUCGGCAAUGGAUCUCAAUUCGAUAGUACUGGUCCUAAAGAACCUCUCAAUGGAAAAGGGCAUUAUCUUUUUGUAAGUUCUUACGAAGGCAGCCAAUCAAACAAUGAAAAGGUGGCAAGAAUCUCAUCUCCAAGUGUUAGUUCUUUCUAUCCUGAAUCAGCAUGUUUUUCAUUCUAUUACCACAUGUUUGGUGCUCAUGUUGGACAGUUGCGCGUGGUUUUAGUGCUGAUGAAAGAUGACUCUACACCGAUUGCAAGACAGGUCAUUUGGCGAAGGAGUGGCACUCAACCAGAUCAAUGGAUACAGUUUAGAGAUUCUUUAAAUGUUACUGCUGGUGAAUAUAGGAUUGAAAUCGAGGCAGAGGGAGGUUCUGGAUUUGCUGGAGACAUUGCUAUAGACAACAUACUACUAGACAUAGGUGCAUGUCCUAACAUAGAUCUGUGUGAUUUUGAAAGCAGUUUAUGUGGAUGGAAAGUAGAGGGGAAUAAAGGUGACUCUUAUUAUUGGGAGAGAGGUGUGAAAAUGACCAAUGGACCACCUAAUGACCACACAACCAUGACAGAAGCAGGGUAUUAUUUGCAAGCUGUGGCUGAAGAUGAAUCAAAAGUAGAAGAUAAAACAAGUCUUGUAAGUCCUACCUACAAUAGUCGAUGGGGUCCGCACUGUUUAACAUUCUGGUACUGGAGACCUGGAUACGCAGUUGGAAAGUUAAGCGUACUCACAAGAAUAAAUAGAGUUGACAAUCUGCAAUGGCAAGCGACGUCGGAUGUAGGAAAAAAUUGGCACUUUGGACAAGUGACAAUUAAUGAGAAGAAACAACUGCAGCUCGUUAUUCAAGCCGAGAAGGGAACAAGCAAUGCUUAUCAGAUGGCCAUUGAUGAUAUCUUAAUUAAGAACAGUGUGUGCGGGGAGCCAGCUAAUUGCAAUUUCAACAAAGACUACUGCAGUUACUCACAGAAUGCUACUUCAGACUUUGCCUGGUUGCUUGGAACCGGAAGAGUGGUCAAUAGCCAGCUGAUAGAAAAUCCUCCUUCAGACAACAGCUUCGAAAAUGGUAUGUAUGCAUAUGCUGAUAUGACUUCACCAAGCUUGCAACCUGGACAGGUGGCUGUUUUGUCUAGUGAAAUUUUACUGGGAUCAGCUUAUAAAGUUACAUGUGUCACAUUCUAUUACUACAUUGGCGGAGAAGACAACAGCACUUUAUCUUUGGGAAAGAUGUUGCUUGAUAACAGCGAACAAGAUAUGAAAUACAUUUAUAAAGAUGUAUUCACUAUGAAUGAUAACACAGGAAAAGUUUGGCGAGUACAAGCUCAAAACAUAGCUGUUGAUGCAGGAGAUAAAUUUCAAAUUUAUUUCAAGUCUAGAAAGGAAAAGGGUUCGCGGUCAUUCGUAGCCAUAGAUGACAUCACUGUUGCGGAUGGAGAAUGCAAUCGACCAACAACUGAACCACCAGUCAUUGUUACUGAAAUGCCGAAAACAAAAUUUACUUGUAAUUUUGAUGACGGAAAAAUGUGUUCUUGGAGUGCAGACAACAGUAAAAUUAAGUGGACACUUAACAAGCCACCCCAAAUCACUGACAAAAUGCCGAAAUUUGAUCACACUCUCGGAAACUUUCAAGGCCGAUAUGUAUACAUAAAAGGCGACGAUACUUCUACGAAGGAGGGAAAUUUGAUACAUUCCAAUGGUGCUGAUUCAUCAUGGAAAGGAAAUUUCUGUGUUGGAUUCUGGUAUUUCAUGAAUGUAGAAGGCGGAAAAAGCAGGUUGAGAUUUCAAGCACAGCAUACCGUUAGAUGGAGAACUUCAUUUGUCAGCUUUUGGGAAAGAAGGGGUAACUAUGGAUAUAAAUGGAGGCAUGCUUAUGUUCAUGUUAAAAGCAGCUUGAACAGUCCAAAAAUAUCAUUUGCUGGUCGAGUGAAAACCGGUGUAAUAGCAAUUGAUGACAUUGAAGCAAAAGGAGGAUCUUGUCCACCGUCAAAAAUGUGCACAUUUGAUGACGACGAUGAUAUGUGCAGCUACACUCAAGACUCUAAAAAUAAUAUGGAUUGGGAUGUGAGAUCAGGCGAAGAUAACGGAACAUUAGUUAAAAUUACAGACCACACGACGCAAUCUAUUGAAGGAAAGUAUCUCUACAUUGGUGUUAAUGGCACAAGCAACGAAAAAUCUCUGCGCUCUCGCAUAUACAGUCCAAAGCGACCUGCUUCUGAAGCAUCUAGCUGUGUCACAUUUUACUAUCAUAUUUACAACGUCAGCAAACUCGCACUUAACACCUAUGUCGCUACAGAUAAUGGCAUUUCGGAUCCCCAGUGGUCAGUAUCUAUUGGUCAAGGAGUUCUCUGGCAUGGGGCUCGCUUCACUGUUAUAUCAAAACAACUUUCUUGGCAGGUUGUUUUUGAAACAGAAGUUGGAAAUGGUGGUUACGGUCAAGUAGCAAUUGAUGACAUUACAAUAGUCAACCGAGCUUGUAAUGAUCCAGGUGCAUGUGAUUUCGAAGAAGAGAACUGCCUUUGGGAAAAUGUCCGGCCGCCUAUUGAAGUAAAAGACGCUCCUGUAUUAAGAGCUCUGUCUGCUGAUGUACCGACUGAUAUGUUGAAAGAUGACUUUGACUGGAUUCGUUGGAUUGGGGAAGAAUAUUUCGGACCACCAAGAGAUCACACACUAGGAACACCUCAAGGUUUUUACAUGCUUCUGGAUCCAAGAUUCACCAGCUUUGGGAAGACAGCUGUUUACAUGUCUGAGCGCUUACGUGCACCGUCCGGUGUCUGUCUGAAGAUAUGGUACGCCAUACCCAGUUAUCAGAAUGGAGCAACUCUGCAAGUGUUUGUCAGUAGUGACUUUAAAAAAGCAGAUCAACUUAUGUUGAUCAAAGACCCUACGAAUGCAGAAUGGAAGGAAGCCUUAGUGUCUGUGAUACCCUCACCAGUGAUGGAUUCAGCAUUUAAUGACUUUUGGGUAUUUUUGUUGGGUAAAGCAGGUAAUAACACUAUGGGAUACAUUGCAAUAGACGAUAUUUCUGUCUCGGAAGGCAUUUGUGAAGAAAAAACUGAAUUGUUUGAUUGCAAAAAUGGACAACACGUAUUGACACGCGAUGUGUGCAAUUUUAAAAAGGACUGUUUGAAUGGUUUGGAUGAAGAAAAUUGUGCUGAUUGUGAUUUUGAGAAAGGACUUUGUGGUUGGGUCGGAAGCAACGAUUACUAUUUCAAGUGGUCCUGGGAAAGAGCUAGAAGAAAAGAUCUGUCACUGGAUCAUACAAAAGGAGAUUCAUCAGGUGCCUAUGUCAUUGCCUCUCAGACCUGGUCAUCCGGAAAUUUGAGAGCAACACUAGCAAGUAGAGAUUUGAGAAAUGCGUUUUCAACAUGUUCUAUGGAGUUCUACUACCAUCUUCGGACUGGCAUGGAUUUCAAGGUGACCUUAGAGAGGAGCAACAAGAGUGUAGAUAUCUGGAUACCAGAAGGAAAUAGUGAAGAUGUUUGGAAUGGAGCACAAGUGUUCCUUGGCCGAAUACCUAAAACCUUUAAGGUGAGAUUUUUUAUUCAUUUAAUUCCUACAAUUAGUUGCAACGCGCGACACCUAUGUGUUGUCACCAGCCACUAA